AAUAGCCUCUUUCGUCAGCUGUGUUGUGGAAAUGGUGGAGAAGAAAACUUCGGUUCGCUCCCAGGACCCUGGACAGCGGCGGGUGCUGGACAGGGCUGCCCGGCAGCGCCGCAUCAACAGGCAGCUUGAGGCCUUGGAGAAUGACAACUUCCAGGAUGACCCCCAUGCAGGACUCCCCCAGCUUGGCAAAAGGCUGCCUCAAUUUGAUGAUGAUGCAGACACUGGAAAGAAAAAGAAGAAAACUCGAGGUGAUCAUUUUAAACUUCGCUUUCGAAAAAACUUUCAGGCCUUGCUGGAGGAGCAGAACCUGAGUGUGGCUGAGGGCCCCAACUACCUGACGGCUUGUGCAGGACCCCCAUCCCGGCCCCAGCGCCCCUUCUGUGCUGUAUGCGGCUUCCCCUCCCCAUACACCUGUGUCAGCUGUGGUGCCCGGUACUGCACUGUACGCUGUCUAGGCACCCACCAGGAGACCAGGUGCCUGAAGUGGACUGUAUGAGCCUGGGAACACCUGAAGAGGAAGGCCCUCUGUGCCUCACCCUGGCCUCGGAGAAGAUAUCACCAAAAGGAAAGAUGCUCCCCUGGACCAAGGGAGAAACUGUUCACUCACCCAACAAACCUCAUGUCUUAUCCUCCAGGGAAGACCAGCCUUACUCCCAGGAUGUGGCAGGGAAGUGGGCCAGCCUUCAGGGUACUGUUGUAAUGAGAUGUCUCAAUGUGAGGAGGCACCUGCCUUUUGGUCACAUGGUGUUUUGGAGAUGAGGGUGAUGGGUCACCUGUUUCUCCUACUCAGUACUCUGUGUCUUUUUCUCCUACCUGUCAGUCAUCACUCCCACUCUCUGCCCCUACAGACCUCUGACCAUGAAAGAUUUUGUCUUGUUCUCCUACCACUCCCAUGUCUGCAUUUCUUGGCUGCUUCUUUAUGUCACUUUUUUGGUUAUUGACUAAGUUCAUUUGUUUUUGCUUUCUGUUUCUCUAGUUCUGAGUGUCUUUUGAAUACACCAAGGCCCCAGGAAUGGCAGUCUGAGGGAACAGUUAUACUGAGGAAGCUCUUGUUAUCGGGGCUGUGGUAUGUGAAAUUAUUAGCAAAGAAAAUCCAGAAGUUUCUGGGAAGCAUGGAGAAACUCAUGGCUCCUAUUCUUGGUGUGGCCCUGGAUGCUGUAACUCUUGUGUGGAACUGCAGCUUCUUAUGCUCACACCUCUUCUAAGUGGCUUCUUCUUAUAAGCACCUAAGCUCCUUGGAGUUGCUGUCCUAGUUGCCCCAUAUCCAGUUGAAACAUAGCCAACCAGCUGCUUAGGAAGUAUUUGUUGAACAUAAGACAUCAUUAAGAUACUAAUGAUAUCCAGCAAAAUCUGGGCAAUUUUCAGUACCGUUUUAGGCUCUUCUUCCCAUUUUGGGGGACUUACUUGGGGCUGGCCCAAAUGUUUCUGGUGUCUUCCUGAGGAACUGCUUGCCCUUUCUCUGGAGACUUGCAGUUGGGCAAGUGGUGUUGGUGACAGGGUUGUGUUGAAUGGUGGUGAGAACAGGGUUUACAGACAGUCCUAAUAGUAGUCAUUUUAAAAGAUGCCUGCAAAAUUUUGACUAUUCUUCUGUUGAAGGUGGGGUCUUUGUCCCCUUCCUCUGGGAUCUGUGUAGGCUUAUGACUGAUUCAACCAGUAGAGAGUGGCAGAAGUGAAACCACAUGGGAUUCAAGGCUAGGAGGUAGAAGGCAGUGCAGCUUCUGCCUUGUCCCUAGGAUACUUGCUUUUUUUCUUUUUUUUUUACUUUAAAAAAAAUUAAAUUUAUCAGGGUGAUAUUGCUUAAUAGGAUCAUGUAGGUUAAGGCACUUAUUUUGGAACCUUCAGCCACCAUGUAAGGCUUCUAACUGUCCUGGAGCUGCCGUGCUCUGGGGAAGCCCAAGCUACAUGGAGAGCCAUGAGCAGGUACUCCUGGUUACAGGUCCAGCCCAGGCUUCCAUCACAGGAGUGAAGAUGCUUCCUGAUGGUUUCAGCCCUAAGGUACCAAGUCAGCCUCAGCCUUUUGAGUCUUCCUAGCUGUGUCCUCAACAUCAUGGAACAGACAAGCCAUCUCUGCUCUGCCAUGUCUAAACUCCUGCCCUCCAGAAUCCAUGUGUAUAAUAAAAGGUUUACACAAAGAAAUUGUCUUUUCUUCUAGUUUCUUUCUUGAGUGUACUUCUUGGUGGAGAGGAAAAAAUAAAAGUUAGAACCCAGGAAAGUUUCCUUUCCUGAGAGAGACAAUAAACCUAGGCCAGCAAACUGGGUUCCUGAAGUCCCUGUUGCUAUUGCAUAACAAACCAUCCCACGACUCAAUGCGUAAACCUUCUAUUAUUUCCACAGAUUCUGUAGGUCAGGAGGACACAACUAGGAAGACCUAAAGCAGUUUGUUGUGGAGGUUUUUACAGCCAGUUCCCUUAAAACUGGAGGAUUCUUUGGAGUAGCCCUAGCAUCUUGCCC